AUCUUACGUCCGCCGGAAGUGCGCGCGGGAGUUCCGGGGAGCAGGCGGGCGCCGCGCUUCUGGGGUCCUGAGCUUCGAGAUUUGAGUCCUGCUGCUGGGUUCUGGGGUAGUCGCACGGCCGUCGGGAUCAUGGUGUUCUACUUCACUAGCAGCAGCGUUAAUUCAUCUGCUUACACUAUUUACAUGGGAAAGGAUAAAUAUGAAAAUGAAGAUCUGAUAAAGUAUGGCUGGCCUGAAGAUAUUUGGUUUCAUGUGGACAAACUCUCUUCAGCUCACGUAUACCUUCGAUUACAUAAGGGAGAGAAAAUAGAAGACAUUCCAAAGGAAGUGCUGAUGGACUGUGCCCACCUUGUGAAGGCCAAUAGCAUUCAAGGCUGCAAGAUGAACAACGUAAAUGUGGUAUAUACGCCGUGGUCUAACCUGAAGAAAACAGCUGACAUGGAUGUGGGGCAGAUAGGCUUUCACAGGCAGAAGGAUGUAAAAAUUAUGACGGUGGAGAAAAAAGUGAAUGAGAUAUUAAACCGAUUAGAAAAGACCAAAUUGGAGCGGUUUCCAGACCUAGCUGCAGAGAAGGAAAGCAGAGACCGGGAAGAAAGAAAUGAGAAAAAAGCCCAAAUUCAGGAAAUGAAAAGGAGAGAAAAAGAAGAAAUGAAAAAGAAGAGGGAGAUGGAUGAACUUAGGAGCUAUUCAUCACUAAUGAAGGUUGAGAACAUGUCUUCAAAUCAGGAUGGCAAUGAUUCAGAUGAGUUCAUGUGAAAGGAGAAAAGGAUUCUGAAAGCUGUGAAUGCAGAGAAUUUUGCGGACCUUGUGAUUUCAUCUAUGUUUUAAAUUAUAAACAACAACCAAAAUUCUGCCUUCAUUCUACACAGAUAUUAUUAAUUUUGGAUUUUAAAAAAAAUCCCUUUUUUUGCUGACAAAAAAAGAACAGAUAUAUAUAUAUAUAUAUAUAUAUUAUAGUUGAACUUGAAGACAGCAUAUAUAACUUUAGGAAAACAAAAAUAUUUUUGCCAGAACACGUCUCAGUACCUUGCGAGAGCUGACUGCCCUUGUUCUUGAGAUAGACUUUAGAGUAAACCAACUCUGAAAAGUAUUUUUGUGGCUGUGGUUCAUCCCUGAAAACAGAUGUCUUGAAAUGCUUUUCAUAGCCUAAAAUACCUUCACUUCUGUUAAGAAGAAUGUGUUGGUGGGCAAUUCAGGCCAAGAUUCUCCCACUCCCAAUUUCCUGAUUAGAAAAGCAGAGGUUUGAAGGUGAUAGUGAUAUUUCAAAAGAUUGCUGGCUUCAACAUUCUCAUUCCCGCAUGUCGUCAGUCUGUUAGUGUAGUGGUCCUCAGCUUGUCCCAGGUCCUUUGUCCUCCUCCCUUUUUUGAAGUGAGGGCCUUCAUCUUCAUAGCAUCAUAUUGAAAGAAAUAGUUGGUCUAAAUCAAGUUUUGCCUUGUGCACCUUGCCUGACACCCAAGUAAUCCAAACUACAGGUGCAACAACUUCUAGGCUCCAUUUUUCCACGCUGAGGGGGACCAAGAGGGUGCUCUGUGAACUGAGUGGGGGAUACAGGUUACCUGAUUUUUGUCUUGAAAUUCAAGAUGAAGCAAAAAUACACAUUGAAUUAUCAAGCAUUUUCCUAGCCAGCCAAGUAAUUUAUGUCCUUACCUUGAAAUAAUAAUUAUUUUUGAGUUUUAACCUUUGAGAUUGGAUCUCUCAGUUACGGCUCCUAACUUAGGUAACAUUACUACUCAGCUGAAACACUCGCUACCCAUUGUAAUUCUGACCAGAAGAUACAUUUUUAUUGCCACGUGUAAGGCAACCCCUGAAGGGAGUGACAAGACAAAACAGUGAAAGAGCCUGCAGGACCCCCCGCUUGAAGAUUGUAACACCCAGAACCCUGCCUGGUGCUGUUAUUCUAACUCGUCAAAAGUGACUUUCAGCAAACCUUGUAGCUGCCUAGCACUUUGGAAGUGUGGGUAAAACCAGAAGACAUUUUCUUUUAUUCUAAGUUGGUGUAUGGGCUUGAUCUGGAAAAUUCCUGAGGCAUAACUCAUUGGCCAAAUUUUGAGGGGUAUGAAAAUACCAGAGUGUGUGGGCAUGUGUGUCUAAUGUUUUAGACUGGAGUUCUGUGAUUAAAAAGUUAUAAUAAAGUAUUGGGUUUUUUUAAUCUGGAA